UGUUUGGUCUCUUACCUGGAGCAGCACUUCUCUUCUCUCUUGGCCUCUCUCUCUCUCUACUGUCCCUCUGUAUUAAUUAAUCUCCAUUUCUUUCUUGAACAAAUCUAUGUCAGGGGCCCUAGAGAUCAUUUGCCUCUGCAUUUGGGAAAGCAGCUAUUUUGCUGUGUGUGGAGUUGGGGACACCCUGAGAAAAUCACUGUUCCUGAUGAUACAGGAAACUGUGUCAACACUUGAAGCGCCAACAUCUUCCUGACAAGGCAUUGACUGGGAUCAAAGCGCUGCCACACACCAAGGGCUCUUUCAAAGAGGCUUACGAUGGAAAGCUCUAGUGGCAGCGACACACAGAGGCCUGGCUUCGUCAUUGCAGACUUCGCUGUUUUUGCAGCCAUGCUUGCCGUUUCACUGGCUGUUGGGCUCUACCAGGCCCUGAAGGGGUCUUCCCGUCAGACCAACGUGGAUGACUUCUUCAUGGGUGGAAGGAACAUGUCUGCGGUGCCUGUCGGACUCUCACUGUGCGCCAGCUUUAUGUCAGCGGUCCAAGUGUUAGGUGUGCCAUCCGAGGCCUACCGCCAUGGCUUGAAGUUCAUUUACAUGUGCGUCGGGCAAAGCCUCAACUCAAUCAUCACGGCCUUCUUGUUCCUCCCUGUCUUUUACCGUCUCAGGAUCACCAGCACCAAUCAGUAUCUACGAAUGAGAUUUGGCAGGGGGAUGCAGCUGCUCGGGAGUGUACAGUUUCUUGUUGCCACGUUGUUCUACACAGGAAUAGUGAUCUAUGCACCUGCCCUUAUUUUGAACCAAGCCACUGGUUUAAACAUGUGGGCUUCCCUGUUUUCCACUGGACUUAUCUGUACUGUCUACACCACCAUAGGUGGGAUGAAAGCAGUCAUCUGGACAGACGUGUUUCAGAUUCUGGUCAUGCUGUCUGGCUUCAUAGCCAUCUUAAUCCAGGGCACUGUUGCGGUGGGAGGACCUACCAGGGUAUUUGAGAUUGCCUACAAUGGCUCACGCCUCAACUUAAAUGAUUUUGAUGUCGACCCACGGAAGCGCUACACCUUCUGGAGCUUGACCGUGGGGGGAACACUUGUGUGGCUCUCCAUGUAUGGAGUGAACCAAGCACAGGUGCAGCGCUAUCUUUCCUGCAAAAGUCAAAGGGAAGCACAAGUGGCCUUGUUUGUUAAUCAGCUGGGCCUGUGGUUGGUGGUGGGCAGUGCUGCCCUUUGUGGAAUUGUCAUGUUUGCACUCUACUCAAACUGUGACCCUCUGGAGGCAGGUCACAUACAUCAACCUGAUCAGUACAUGCCUUUUUUUGUCCUGGAUAUUUUUAAAAACCUUCCUGGCUUUCCCGGCCUCUUCUUAGCGUGUGCAUACAGUGGGACACUCAGUACCGUCUCGACCAGCAUCAAUGCCAUGGCCGCUGUGACCAUGGAGGACUUGCUGAAGUCGCAUUUGGUCAACACAUCACAGAGGGGUCUUGUUUUGAUCUCCAAGGCAUUGUCUUUAGUCUUUGGUAUGGCAUGCAUCACUGUUGCUGCACUCUCUUCCAUGCUGGAUUGGGGAGUUCUUCAGGGCUCUUUUACCGUCAUGGGGGUGGUCAGUGGUCCCCUUCUGGGUGCGUUCAUAUUGGGAAUGUUUGUGCCAGCAACAAACAAGCCAGGAGUAUUUGCUGGGGUGGCUGUGGGAUUUUGCCUUUCUGUGUGGCUUGCAAUUGGAUCCACUCUUUAUCCCCCUGCUCCGCAAAUGAUGGGAGUUCUGCCUGCCUCCGCAGAACACUGUUUGUCCAUAAAUACGACAGACAAUAGCAGCCGGACAGUAGGCAUUCAUUACAUCAGGCCACCACUCUACUCUGAACCUUAUGGUGCUGGAGGUGUUCAAGACUUCUAUUCCAUGUCCUACCUAUACUUUGGGGCCUUAGCAACAACUGUUGUUGUAUUGGUUGGACUUGUGGUUAGCUACAUAACAGGGCCAACCAAAAGAAAUACCAUCAGUCCAGGGUUAUUGUUUUGGGAUCUAGAGAACAAGAACACUGAGGCCAAAAUGGUGGUGCAGACUCCUCAAAUUGUCCCCCUCAGACCUGUUGCUGACUUGAAGGUUGAUGAGGAAGAAGCGUUCUCACAGAAGUCCUAUGAAUGAUCUAUGUAGGUUAUAAAUGACGUUAUAUACUUUUCCUUUAGUUUUUGUGCAUAGUCGAUGCACUAAGAUCUCAUGCAGCUUAAGAUAAAAAAAACGUUGUAUUGCACCCACUGUCCUAAGGAUCAUGACUUGGUUAUUAAUGGUUAUUAUGUUGCUGCUUUUGUAACUACAUGUUAUACAGUCACAGUGCAUUUAAGUUGUGCGUUUUAUGGUUCUUAAUUCUUACCCCUGACAUCACUUAACAUUGUUUCAGUUUUGACACAAACAUUUGUUUUUGUGUGAGAACAAAAAAUAAAAGGUACCAUUUUAGUUACAA